AUGGCGCGUACUAAGCAGACUGCACGCAAAUCCACGGGAGGAAAGGCUCCUCGUAAGCAGCUGGCGUCGAAGGCGGCUCGAAAGAGUGCGCCGAUGUCCGGAGGAAUCAAGAAGCCUCACAGAUACAGGCCCGGAACUGUCGCUCUGCGUGAAAUCCGCAAGUUUCAGAAGAGCACGGAUCUCCUCAUCCGCAAGCUGCCUUUCCAGCGCCUCGUGAGAGAAAUUGCCCAGGACUUCAAGACGGACCUUCGUUUCCAGUCUCAGGCAAUUCUCGCCCUGCAGGAAGCUGCCGAGGCGUACUUGGUUGGUUUGUUCGAGGAUACCAACUUGUGCGCGAUCCACGCGAAGAGAGUCACCAUCAUGCCCAAAGAUAUCCAAUUGGCCAGGCGCAUUCGCGGCGAGCGAUCUUAG